AUGGGAGAAUCAUCCAAUACCAUUUUUGAGCGCAUAGCAUGGAUCAUAAUCGUUGGAUUGCCGAUAAUAAUGUGGAGUGAUUCUAAUUUCAACAAGAUCGUUAGCAACUUUGGAAGAAUUAUCGUUCUGUUUGAUGGCAUCAAAAAUCGUGUUGACCUUUCCUUUGUCAAAGUUAGCAUCCUUACUAGUUUAAAAAAGAAGCUUAAUGAAGAAUUAUCUAUUCUUCUCAAUGGAAGUUCAUUGUCAGAAGAUGAUGAUGAGUCUGAAAGUGAAGAAGAAGAAGAGGGGUUCUCAGACACGUACAUGAAUGAUAUGGAAGAAGGGGAGAUACGCAAAGACGAGGCCACCUCAGCCACUCCAGACGGUGAUGAAUGUGACGAUGUGGCGGUCAUAGAUGAUAACCUGCCGAUUAUAAUCGGUAAUUCACCGGUGCCAUUACCACAACCUGAAAACGAGGAGUCAGUUCACAGUGAGCCAGCAACAUGA